CCGGGAACGGCUCGAGCAAUGCGAUGGAACGUUCAGGGAAGUGAAUAAACGGUGAAUGAUGAUGAGCGGACGUUUGCAGUUUGGUUUCUAGUACCGAGAAGUGUGUGAAUGAUAUUCACAGGAACAAGGCCAUCUGAAUUUGGUAAACGGCUCGUGAGAUUCUCUCUCAACAGCGUUUUGUGACUGCUUCUUGUCUACUGUUAAAAAGUUUACUAGAAAUGGAAACUUUACUUGAUGCACAAAGACUGGCUGCAGAAGUUGAAAGCACUCUUAUUAAAUAUUACUGCAGCGGUGACAGUGAAUGGAGAGUUGGAAAGAAAACAAAAGACGUAAUUGUUUGGAGGAAACCUUCAGAAAAAUUUGGAGGAUUUCUGUACAAAACUCAAGGGAUUGUAAAGGAGCUUCCAAAUAGGAUAGUGGAUUACAUUCGCCCUGGCCCAUAUAGGUUACUUUGGGACAGUCUAAUGACCUCGUUGGACAUUAUUGGUGAAUUUGAACAGCAGGGCUGCUGUUUGAUGCAUUACACUACAGCAGGACAGUUGUGGAAUCUCAUUGCACCAAGAGAGUUUAUCGACUUCUCAUAUACCACAGAUUACCAGAAUGGAUUGCUGUCUUGUGGAGUCAGUGUCGAAUAUGGGAAGGAACAAACUAAUUUUGUUCGCGGAUUUAAUCACCCAUGUGGAUGGUUUUGCAUUCCUUUGAAGAAUGAACCUGACUGCAGCCUCUUGACUGGCUUUAUUCAGACUGAUUUACGAGGAAUGCUGCCUCAGGCUGCAGUGGACUCUGCAAUGUCGAAUUCAUUAGUCAACUUCUACAAUGAACUCCGGAAUGCUUUGAAAACUUAGAUUUAAAUGAAAAUAAUAAUUAUUUUCAUAUAUAAUUUCUUGACAUAAAUUCCUUUGUACUGUGCUGCAGAGCUCAGUAGAUAAGUGCAAUAUUGUUUGGUGGCUGCGGCCAUACCUAGUGUUUCAGCAUUUAAUGUACUUUUUUUAUGUGUAAAAGCAAUAUUACAAUUUUGAUUAUAAUGAGAUUAGUGACUGUUUGUAGAUAAUCAAUUUAAAUUCUGAUCAUCAUGAUGUACUUAAUAUAUUUUAAUUUACAUUAUUUGAAAUUCAAAGAGUAAAAUAUUGUAAUUCAACAAAUUAAGAAAAUCUGUUUGGACUGAAGGCCAAAAAUUUCAAAUGCAAAAGCACCCAUAUUUUUGACAUUGCAAGUGCCAGUUUGUGUCCAGCACGAAUACAAACUUCUAGUGCUGGUUGUACCAGACAUCCUUUUAACCAGGGUCUUACCAUGCGCAUGGAGAGAAGGUCCACAGGGAUUAGGCAGGAUUGGCAAAUCAUGACAUCAGUCAGCAAUAUAAUUUUGAGCUCAACAGUCCAGCUAACAUCCUAUGUUAACCUCACAUACUAGAAUACUUUCAGUAGCAGAAAGGACCUCCCCUCAGCAUUAUUUAAAUCAAUCAACAACUUUCAAAUGGUUUGCUGAUUAAUUCCCACUAGCUCUUAAUGUGAUUAUAAACACUUUUGAUGGCUUACAGAAUUAAGAGAUACUGACGAACACAAGGAGUGUUGUGCUGUCUGUUGAAGAACUUUGUUCUACCUUAAAGGAAUCUGCACAAUUUACUUCCACACAUGAAUGUAGAUCUUGCAAUGCCCUUGACCUGUAGCAUGAUGGAAAAUGAGCAGAAGCAGCACAAAACAGGGACGAAAAGUCUUUUGGUAAGAUACCGUACUUGGCAAGUGUUCAGGGAAAGGGGCAGCACAGGGUCUUAGUGGUUAGCCCUGCUGUCUCACAGUGCCAGGGACCCAGGUUCAAUCCCAACCUCGGGUGACUAUCUAUGUGGAGUUUGCACGUUCUUCCCCACAUCUGCGUGGGUCUCAGCCGGGUGCUGCAGUUUCCUCCCACAGACCAAAGAUGUCCAGGUUAGGUGGAUUGGCUAUGUUAAAUUGUCUGUAAUGUCCGUGGAUGCGCAGGCUAGGUGCAGAUUUAUGGGACGGGGCUAGUGGGCUGGGUUUAGGUGGGAUGCUCUUCGGAAGGUCAGUGCAGACUCAAUGGCUGAACAGCUGCUCUUCAUAAUGUAUGAGAUGGAAGUGAACUUGUGAAGUAUUAGAUAUGAAUAACGAUUGACAGAUAAUGUAGGUAGGUGAAUGAUUUGAUUUUCUGCAUUGAAUUCUGUGAGAGGCUCGUGAGGAUUAUGGCAUUUGAUGAUGUAUUUAUUGACCUUAGUCAUAGUAGUGAGAUCACCAAACAUCUUGAAACUUUGUUUCCAGGUCCUAAGAGCUAGACUCUUGCCACAGUCCACCACAGUUACCUGCUCCCUAUAUCGUCUGAAUGUUGUCUGGAGGGUCUCCUGAGAGAUGACAUUACUCCUCCACUACGCCUCCUUGAGCAAGGCCUCCAAUGUACUAUUCAAAAGCCUUGGAGCUGCUAUCCACUGUUGUUCUUGUCUACCUACACCAAAUGAACUGCAGUGGUUUAAGAAGGCAGCUCACCACCAUCUGAAGGGCAACCAGGAAUCGGCAAUAAAUGCUGGUGUGGUCAGUGAUGUCCACAUCCACUUAAUGAAUAAAACGAAUUUGAGUCCAAAUCAGAAAGAAAAUUGCAAGCCUGAAUGUAGUUGUCAAAGUAUAACCAAGAAAGAAUUUUCUACAUAGUUGAUGCCCAAAUAUUAAUAAUAAAGAGCACUUUGUCAGA